GAUCGAAGGGAUCACGGACUCACGUGUUGGUCUCCUCCGGUCUUUCAGCACUGGGAGUUUGCCCCCAACAGCGUCCACUACCUGCUGAGUCUAUGGCAGCGGCUGGCGGCGUCGGUCCCCUACGUCAAAGCCACGGAGCCCCACCUGCUGGAGACCUACACCCCCGAGGUCACCAAGGCCUACAUCACGUCGCGGCUGGAGUCGGUCCACGUCAUCCUCAGAGACGGUCUGGAGGACCCCCUGGACGACGCGGGCCUGGUGCAGCAGCAGCUGGACCAGCUGUCCACCAUCGGGAGGUGUGAGUACGAGAAGACGUGUGCUCUGCUGGUCCAGCUGUUCGACCAGGCGGCCCAGACCUACCAGGAGCUGCUGCAGUCCACCAACUCCAGCACCGCAGACGUCACGGUGCAGGAAGGGCGGCUGACGUGGUUGGUCUACAUCAUCGGGGCCGUUAUCGGCGGCCGGGUUUCCUUCGCCAGUACAGACGAGCAGGACGCCAUGGACGGAGAGUUAGUCUGUCGGGUGCUCCAGCUGAUGAAUCUCACGGACUCUCGGUUAGCUCAGGCCGGCAACGAGAGACUGGAGCUGGCCAUGCUCAGCUUCUUCGAGCAGUUCAGGAAGAUCUACAUCGGAGACCAGGUGCAGAAGUCAUCCAAGCUUUAUCGGCGACUAUCAGAAGUUUUGGGUUUGAAUGACGAGACGAUGGUACUCAGUGUCUUUAUAGGAAAAAUCAUCACAAACCUAAAGUACUGGGGCCAGUGUGAGCCGAUCACCUCCAAGACCCUGCAGCUGCUCAACGACCUCUCCCUAGGAUAUCCUUUGGGG